AUGCCAUCCCGAUCCCUCAUGAUGGCUAGUCAUGAUAUUCAAGAGGAACGUCAAGUGAUUCUCAAUGUGAUUGAUCGGUUAAUACUUCAUGGCUCUUCACUUUUUGAAAGACAUAUUCGACCUUUGGAAGAAAACUCUAACUCCAUUGACUACGAUAAUGGUGAUGAUAAUUUAUUGGCAUUUGAAAAUGCAACCACUCACAAUUCUUCUACAUCAAAAAAAGAGAAAAAGGAAGACAAUUCUGUAAAGAGAAAAAUUCAAAAUCAUGCUAAAAUGUUGUAUGGAAAUUUAAAGCAGUCACUACAUCAGAGGAAUAUUGUGGCUUGCUGUAUUGAUACAAUCAUGAAAGUGAAUACGCUCAUUGAUGCAAAUCAGCUAAAUGUUGAGGAAUUGAAAAAAGAUUUACUUCAACAAGCUAAAGAACAAGAUUUUCUGGAGACAUCGUCCUCAGAUGAGGCAAAUUUGGAAUUUAUGGAUCCGUAUGAUGUACGACUCUCGAUCGACGAUCCUGAAAAUUGGAUCUCACGUUAUAUAUUUUACAGAUAUGCCAAGACGUUUGAUGUGGAAGAAGGUUGUUACACCAUGUCACGAUCACAAUUUGACAAAUUUCUCACACAUUUACGUGAAGUUUUGGGAGAGAGAGGACUUGGCUCUGACAUUCUUGUAAUUAAGGAUGUCCUUGAUGAGGAUCAAGAACAACAAGCAGAUUUAUAUGGAUUUGAAGAUAGCUCGAUUGCCACAUCGGUUUCGAGUAAUAAUAUUGUGUUAGAUGUUGGAUCUGUGAUGUACGAGCUAAGACAAACGAAACAAGUCACAGAGCAAACCUUUCUAAAUUGGUUCCAAGGAGUGUUGGUAUUAUAUGUCAUGUUCAAAUAUGAUCAAUGA